UAGGGGGAUAUAAUCCGAGAAACUGGCAACCCUAUGUGCGCGAAUUGGAGUCAGGCAACAAGAAACAAGCUUUUUAGUAAAAACAGCCCGUACUUAGAUUCCUCGCAACGUCUGUCUCGUUAUUUACUAACUCUCUUUCAGUCUGAGCAGGACAGGAUGCCUGCUAAAGCUGCUGACCCGUUCAAGCCUGGAGAUCUUGUCUUCGCCAAGAUGAGAGGCUUCCCUUACUGGCCAGCCAGGAUAUGCAAGGCUCAAGAAGGGCCCAAAAAGAAGAUUCCUGUGUUUUUCUUUGGAACCCACCAGACUGCCGCCCUGCCCCUGGUCAACAUUGUGCCCUACCAGGGCAACAAGGCCAGGCUUGGCCAGGGCGGGAGGAUCCGAGGGUUCACUGAGGGCAUGUGGGAGAUCGAGCACAAGCCUGGAGUGGGCAGCAAGACCAAGGGUCCAGCAGCUGGAGGGGUGAAGAGGAAGAGAGAGGAGGAGGAGAAGGACAAGAAGAAGAAGAAGAAGAAGAAGGAGGAGGAGGAGCGUGACCCGGAGGAGGGGAGGACAGGAGACAAACAGGCCUGCUCAGUGGAGGAGGGGAGGACAGGAGACAAACAGGCCUGCUCAGUGGAGGAGGGGAAGACAGGAGACAAACAGGCCUGCUCAGUGGAGAAGGGAGGAGGUGAGGAAGAGAAGAGGAGGAGCAGCCUGGUGGAUGAGGAGAGGAAGCAGCGUCUAGCAGAGAGGAGGAAGAGUGUGUUGAGAUCUCUUCAGGGUCUCCUGACUGCUGGCAAGACCUCCAGGAGGGACUCUAGAACACACACAGUCCAGACCAACUCUCAGAGGAACAGCCCAGCUGGGAGGAACGCAACAGUCAACAAACCAGGCAGAAAGAAGCUUGCUGUUCAGGAACCAGACAGCAAGAAAACAGACAGCAAGAAGCUGAAUGUUAAGAAACCAGUUGACAAAAAAAUCGAUUUGAAGAAAGCAGUCAGUAAGAAAACAAAUGCUAAGACUGAAACAGUCAGCAAGAAAACAGAAAUGGACAGUAAAAAAACUAUUUUAAAAGCAGGCAGAAAGGAGGUGAAAGGCAAGGAGACUGCAGCAGCCAGUAAGAAAACAGAUAACAAGGAGACUUCAGCAGCCAGUAAGAAAACAGAUAAUAAGGAGACUGCAGCAGCCAGUAAGAAAACAGAUAGCAAGGAGACUGCAGCAGCCAGUAAGAAAACAGAUAACAAGGAGACUUCAGCAGCCAGUAAGAAAACAGAUAAUAAGGAGACUGCAGCAGCCAGUAAGAAAACGGAUAACAAGGAGACUGCAGCAGCCAGUAAGAAAACAGAUAGCAAGGAGACUUCAGCAGCCAGUAAGAAAACGGAUAACAAGGAGACUGCUGCAGCCAGUAAGAAAACAGAUAGCAAGGAGACUGCAGCAGCCAGUAAGAAAACAGAUAACAAGGAGACUGCAGCAGCCAGUAAGAAAACGGAUAGCAAGGAGACUGCAGUAGCCAGUAAGAAAACGGAUAACAAGGAGACUUCAGCAGCCAGUAAGAAAACGGAUAGCAAGGAGACUGCAGCAGCCAGUAAGAAAACGGAUAAUAAGGAGACUGCAGCAGCCAGUAAGAAAACGGAUAGCAAGGAGACUUCAGCAGCCAGUAAGAAAACGGAUAGCAAGGAGACUGCAGCAGCCAGUAAGAAAACGGAUAGCAAGGAUACUUCAGCAGCCAGUAAGAAAACGGAUAGCAAGGAGACUGCAGUAGCCAGUAAGAAAACGGAUAAUGAGACUGCAGCAGCCAGUAAGAAAACGGAUAGCAAGGAGACUUCAGCAGCCAGUAAGAAAACAGCCGGUAAACCCGUAGAGGAGGAGAGGUUGGAGGAUCGGAGAGCAGCCAAGACUGAAGAGAGAGAACCCAACCAGGCAGAGGAGGGGAGGAGUGAGGAGGAAAGGUUGUCCGAGAAGAGGGCAAUCAAGGGCUCACAGUCACCUCGGCCCAGUGUGUGUGUGCAGGCUCCACCCAGACUGACAGCUGUAGACUCCACUCUGCACCGACUGCAUGGAGACAUCAGGAUCUCUCUGAAGACAGACAACCCUGACAUCAGGAGGUGUGUUCUGGCUCUGAACCAGCUCAGCAUGCUGUACGUCACCUCUCAGCACGUCCAGAGACACAGCGAACUCAUCUCCACGCUACGCAAGAUGCGUCGUUUCCGUGGCAGCCAGGCCGUGAUGGACAAGUCGUCGAUGCUCUACCAUCGCUUCAAGAACGCCUUCCUGCUGGGGGAGAAACAUGAGCCUCUGCCGGCAGCUCUUCUGUCCUCCCUGCGGCUGGAGAGGGAGAGAGAGAGAGAGAGGGAUGUUACUGCUGCUGUGGAAGGCCUGGGGCCUUUUCCAUGA